CUGGGCGCGGCGGGGAAACGCUGGACUUGGCUGGGGCGGGGAGGGAGGCGUCGCGAGCCGCAGAGCCUCUGGCUUCCGCCCCGCCCCAGGUUCUUGGGAACUCCGCGGGUCCCGGCCUAGGUGCUCCAUGCAGGUGCCACAGGAUGGAGAGGACGUUGCUGCCCAACCCUGGUACCACGGACCCCUGUCCCGCCAGAAGGCUGAGGCCCUUCUCCAGCAAGAUGGUGACUUCUUAGUUCGUGCGUCUGGGUCCCGUGGGGGCCACCCCGUGAUCUCCUGCCGCUGGCGGGGCUCAGUCCUACACUUCGAAGUGCUCCGUGUGGCCCUGCGUCCCCGGCCAGGCCGGCCCACAGCCCUCUUUCAGCUGGAGGAUGAGCGUUUCCCAAGCCUGCCUGCCCUGAUUCACAGCUAUGUGACCGGCCAGCGUCCACUGUCCCAGCUCACGGGGGCUGUGGCCUCCAGGCUGGUGACACGGCAAGGACCUAUUCAACGCAGUUUUAGUGAGGACACCCUUCCAGAUAGCCCAGCUCGGACAGAGCUGCUCAGGGCUAGGAAGUGGAGUGACAGUCAGCCUGCAGGUUUGGAGCAGGUGGGACGGACAGAAGACCACCCUGGACCAGGAGCCUCCACCGUGCCCGCAUCUGCCCUACCCCGGACAGGUAGUGACCCCGUGUUACUAAAGACCCCGGUUUCCAUGGGGUCCAUUCCUGACAGCCUCAGGGCCUCCGAUGGGCAGCUUCAUGCCAAGGGACCAACUAAGCCACCUCGAACACCCUCACUGAUGCUGCCUGAUGCCUCUGGACGCCCCCCUACAUACUGUGAGCUGGUGCCCCGAGUGCCCAAGGUCCAGGGAACAGCCCCUGGCCACAGCUGCCCAGAGCCAGAGGUGCCAUGGUGGGAGGCUGAGGAGGAUGAGGAAGAGGAGGAGAACGGAUGUUUUGCAAGACCACAGGCUGAGGUUUCUUUGAGCCCCCUUGACAAGCCCUCCUGCCUGCUGGGCCCCCAGAAUCGGCCUCUGGAACCCGAGGUCCUGCGUACUCUCCGAUGCCUGUUCCUGGAGCACCAUUCUGAGAGUACCGCCCUCCACUUGCUAUUGGUGGACUGCCAGGCGACAGGCCUCCUGGGAGUGACCAGGGCUCAGCGGCGUGCCAUGGGGGUCGCCUCCGGCCUGGAGCUGCUCACGCUUCCCCACGGGCAUCGUUUGAGGUUGGAACUGCUGGAGAGGCACGAGGCGCUGAUGUUGGCGGGGGCGCUGGCUGUGCUGGGCUGCGCAGGGCCUCUGGAGGAACGCGCGGCCGCCCUAAAAGGCCUGGUGGAACUGGCCCUGGCGCUGCGGCCAGGGGCAGCGGGGGACCUGCCCGGACUGGCCGCUGUCAUGGGCGCCUUGCUCCUGCCCCAGGUGUCUCGAUUGGAACGCACGUGGCGCCAGCUCCGAAGGAGCCACACCGAGGCUGCGCUGGCCUUCGAGCAGGAGCUGAAGCCGCUGUUGCGGGCGCUGGAUGAGGGAGCCGGACCCUGCGACCCGGGCGAGGUGACGCUGCCGCACGUGGCACCCGCGGUGCGCGUGCUGGAGGGCGAGGAACUCCCGGGGCCCUUGGAUGAGAGCUGCGAGCGGCUGCUGCGCACCCUGCACGGGGCGCGUCAGAUGGCCCAGGACGCGCCCAGAUUUCGCGAGACAGCGGCCCGGCGCCUGCGAGGAUUCCGGCCCAACCCGGAGCUGAGAGAGGCCCUGACAACCAGUUUCUUGCGGAGGCUGCUCUGGGGGAGCCGAGGGGCUGAGGCACCGCGGGCCACACGUCUGGAGAAGUUCCAGCGCGUUCUCAGUGUCCUGUCGCAGCGCCUGGAGCCUGACCAUUGAAAGCACAGACCCCCUUCUUCACGCUAGGAUACCCAGGCUUCUGGGGAUCCCCAACAGGGACCAACGAAGCCACCCCAGAUUCCUCACAAGGCCAGAUGCAGCGGGGACAUACAUCCUGCCUCACAGAAGAGAGGGGACCUGGUUUGCAAGAACCUACCAUGCCCUAAAAAUGCACAUGGAUCCUCAGGGACAGACGUCUCCUCCCCAACGCUGGAAGACCCCUGACGUCUAGAGAUUCUGGACGCCCUCUCCCAGCCCCUAUGCCUGCAAUCCCCCCCCCCCCCACCAAAUGGUGAACAUGUGGCUUUUAAUAUUAAAGAGAACUUGAAGAUCUAUAA